AUGGCGGAAAAUCGGUCCAGAUCCGUCUCUGUGUGGAGAGACUUUGGAUACGCUUCUACACGCCACGCGUCGGCGCGAGAAAGCUCGGAGGAAAAAUAUGUCGCGAGAGGAAAAUGUUUUUUUUCCAAUUCUCAAAAACAUUUCGACUUUGGUUUCUCCGUCGUCUUCGACGAUCCGAAACCCUUGAAUCUCUUCUUCGAUCUGAGACCUGUGCGAGAUUGUUCUUCAUCCUCUUCGUCUUCCUCUUCUUCUUCUUCUUCUUCUUCUGUUUCGUUCUCUCGUUAUCAGCCUCUUCUCUCCGGUGUAUUGUCGGUGGGGCGUCGCCGAGAAGAAGAAUCACUCUUUCCUCUCCGAUACGUGAAAGUUCCUCAGCGAUUUUUCAGGUUGGUGCUUCUUAUACAAGAGUAG